AUGUCCAAAAAAUUGUCCGUCUAUUCGACUCAAGCAAGCCAUUCGGGACAAAUGAUACAAACAGAUGCCGCUAACAAUUUUUGGGAACAGAUCGAAUAUGCUUAUCAUCAAAACAUAUCAUUUCUCGGCACGGGCGGCGGGCACGGCUACUCAGCAACUCUGGAUACGGUCGAGAACGGAAUUGAGAUCGACCUUGGCCAUUUCAAUACCGUCUCCAUCGAUAAAGACGCCAAUACCAUGACAGUCGGCGGAUCCGUUCACUUUGCCAACAUUACAGGGCUGUUGUACGACGCUGGAAAAGAGUUUCGUUUGUUCACAGAGGUUGGCUCAUGCUCCUGCGUCGGCUUAGUCGGAGCUUCACUUGGCGGCGGUGUUGGACCCUACGGAGGUUUGCACGGUUUACAGCUCGACGCUCUUCAAUCGGUCAGAAUGGUAACAGGUACUGGCUCUCUUGUCAAUGUUUCAGCGACAAGCCAUCCCGAUCUGUGGUGGGGCAUGCGAGGCGCGGGUUUCAAUUUCGGCAUCGUCACGUCAGCCACGUACCAAGUCUACACUUUCACAAACAACGGCCAAGCCAUGAGCGCAGAUUUUAGGUUCCAUGCCAGUCAGAACGCAUCCCUCUACGAGUUCGCGCGGUCUUAUACUGGCAAAUUACCGGACGCCUUCUCAAUAGACAUAGCAAUCGCCUACAACGAGGCAUUCGGAGGCACAUAUCUUUUCGCCAACUUCAUCUACGCUGGCCCAUUGGAAGAGGGCAUGGCGCUCAUCCAGCCAAUAAUAGAACUCGGGCCAUUCGACCAAAACAUCACCAUGAUCCCGUGGAAAGACAUCGAGACCUCGUCCAAAUUCGGCAUCGACGCCCUCGCCUGCAUCAAAGGAAACUUCCACAGCGUCUGGGGCCUGAAUCUCUACCAAAUCGACGUACCAACCCUCAUCGACGCAGUCAGCUACAUGGACACCGUCUACGCGCAGUACCCCGACUUCCGCGAAGCAUUCCUCGCAAUCGACAUGUAUGCCUCUCGGGUCAUCGAGUCUGUCCCCGACGACGCAACCGCCUAUCCAUACCGCAACGCUGUCGCACGCUUGUGGGUCACCUUUUUCCUCACCCCCCCCAUUCCCACCAAAGAACUAACGACCGUCUCCCCAAACCUUAGCCUCCUCGACGUCGGCUUCCCAAACAGCUCCUUCGCCACCGCCGCAUCCCAAGUCGGCCGCGACGCUCGCAGUCUCUUCGUCCCGACGAGUGGCGCUAGCACCAGCAACAUCGAAGUCUACGUCCACUACGGGCACGGCGACGAAGGGCAGCUGGGAUGGUACACUGAACGCAAGCUGCCGCGGCUGAAUGCGCUCAAGAAUGAAUAUGAUCCUAACAAGCUAUUUUCGCACUACAAUGCGUUGGAAGCGACUUAUGACGUGCCCAAGUAG